AUGGCCUCGAACCAUCAAGCCGCCGAAGCGCCUGACAGGCACGAACUCAAUGCAGCUCACCCACCAUUGAAUGCUUCUGGCAGUCCAGAGGCGAUCAACCAUGCCGUCGCACCUCCAGCCGCCUCCAUAACUAGCGCCUCUUCAACGGCAUCCGUUGCAGAGAGCGCCGAGGGCCGCUGGGGCGAGACCACUGCCGGCGAGCCUGUCUCUCGCCGCGGUGCGAGAGAGGAUUUGGAGGAGAUGCGCCGUGAAUUAACCCGUCUGAGUUUACAUCGAACCCGAUCAACUACGGCCAAAAGCGCCCGCCGCCGACAAUCCCGAGCCAGCCGCAAGGAUGAGGAAGCCGGGCUGGACGAUGUGGACGCUGACUCGGAGACCGAGGUGGGCAGCGAUUUCGACCUCAAUGAAUUCCUAAUGGGCGGUCAUCUCGAGCGACGAACGACUGCCGGCGAGCCCGCCAAAAAAGUGGGCGUCAUUUUCAAAAAUCUGACGGUCAAAGGCGUGCAAACGGGCGCGUCAUUCGUGCGCACGCUUCCUCACGCCGUAGUGGGGACCUUCGGCCCGGAUCUGUACAACGUGAUUUGCCGAUUUGUACCACAGUUGCGAUUCGGCAAGAAGCCUCCCAUCCGGGACCUGAUUCAUGACUUCAGUGGCGCCGUGCGCGAGGGUGAGAUGAUGCUGGUGCUGGGUCGUCCCGGUGCGGGCUGUUCAACGUUCUUGAAGGCUAUUGCCAACGAUCGUAGUGCCUUUGCCGGCGUCGAGGGCGAAGUCAGCUAUGGUGGUCUCUCUGCCGAGGACCAACACAAGUACUUCCGUGGUGAAGUCAACUACAACCAGGAGGAUGACCAGCACUUCCCGACCCUCACGGUAUGGCAGACUCUCAAGUUCUCUUUGGCCAACAAGACCCGCAAACAUGACCGUGAGAGCAUCCCGGUCAUCAUUGAUGCGCUCCUCAAGAUGUUCGGUAUCAGCCACACGAAAAACACCUUGGUGGGCAACGAGUAUGUCCGGGGUGUCUCAGGUGGCGAGCGGAAACGUGUCAGUAUCGCCGAGACGCUGGCGACAAAGUCGACCGUCGUCUGUUGGGAUAACUCCACUCGUGGCCUGGACGCGAGCACCGCUUUGGACUAUGCCAAGUCGUUGCGCAUCAUGACUGAUGUGAGCAAGCGAACCACGUUGGUAACUUUGUACCAGGCCGGGGAGAGCAUCUACGAGCUUAUGGACAAGGUUAUGGUCAUUGAUGAAGGCCGAAUGCUGUAUCAAGGGCCUGCCAAUGAGGCUCGCCAGUACUUCAUCGACCUGGGCUUCUAUUGCCCACCCCAGUCUACCACUGCCGACUUCCUCACCUCGCUCUGUGACCCCAAUGCUCGCCAAUUCCAACCCGGUCGAGAAGCCUCGACUCCCAAGACGGCUGCUGCGUUAGAACAGGUCUUCCGGCAGAGCAAGUCGUACCGAUACAUCGCCGAUGACAUCUCCAGAUACGAGACACGCCUCCACGAGACGCAGCAGCAGGAUACCCGAACUUUCGAAAAGACGGUCGCUCAAUCCAAAAGUAAGACUGUCUCCAAGAAGUCCCCGUACACGGUUUCCUUGGUGCGACAGGUCACAGCUUGUGUCAAGCGCGAGUUCUGGUUGCUGUGGGGUAACAAGACUUCGCUCUAUACCAAAUUCUUCAUCAUCAUCUCAAACGGACUGAUUGUCUCUUCCCUCUUCUACGGAGAAUCGCUGGAUACCUCCGGUGCUUUCUCUCGUGGUGGUGCUCUGUUCUUCUCUAUUCUGUUCCUUGGCUGGCUUCAGUUGACUGAGCUGAUGCCCGCCGUCUCCGGCCGGGCCAUUGUUGCUCGACACAAGGAUUAUGCUUUCUACCGUCCCUCGGCAGUCUCCAUCGCCCGCGUGGUGGUCGACUUCCCUGCUAUUCUCGCCAUGGUCGUGCCAUUUGCGAUCAUCAUGUACUUUAUGACCGGUCUGGAUGUUACGGCCUCCAAGUUCUUCAUCUACUUCUUGUUCGUGUACAUCACCACCUUCUGCAUCACCUCGAUGUACCGAAUGUUCGCCGCUCUCUCGCCAACAAUCGAUGACGCCGUGCGUUUUGCAGGUAUUGCGCUCAACCUGCUUGUCCUUUUUGUCGGCUAUGUGAUUCCGAAACAGACUCUCAUCAACGACUCGAUCUGGUUCGGAUGGCUCUUCUACGUCAAUCCUAUUUCAUACAGUUAUGAAGCUGUACUGACCAAUGAGUUUGCUGAUCGGAGCAUGGAGUGUGCGCCAUCUCAACUGGUUCCUCAGGGCCCCGGUGUUGUUGCUGGCUACCAGGGCUGCGCUUUGACGGGUGCUCCCUUUGGCCAGACGACGGUUCCCGGAAGCCAGUAUUUGCAGACCAACUUCCAGUUCACACGCUCUCAUCUCUGGCGUAACUUUGGAGUUGUUAUCGCGUUCACUGUUCUAUAUAUCUUGGUUACUAUCUGGGCUGUUGAGUACCUUUCCUUUGUGGGCGGCGGCGGCGGUGCCUUGGUCUUCAAGAAGUCCAAGCGCUCAAAGCAAGUCGCGAAGCAAAUCUCGGCAAGCAACGAUGAAGAGAAGGUCGCGGACGCUAACGAUAGCGCCGCUCUUUCUCGCGGUGAGGCCAACUCAGCUUCCAACGACGAAACUUUCAAUCGUCUGUCCUCCAGCGAGCGCUGUUUCACCUGGUCCGACGUUGAAUAUACCGUUCCUUAUGGCAAUGGCACCCGCAAACUCCUCAACAACGUGAAUGGUUACGCUAAGCCUGGCGUCAUGAUUGCUUUGAUGGGCGCCUCCGGUGCUGGAAAGACUACUCUACUCAACACUCUCGCGCAGCGUCAGAAGAUGGGUGUCGUCAAGGGUGACAUGCUUGUGGAUGGCCAUCCUCUGGGUGCUGACUUCCAGCGUGGUACUGGUUUCUGUGAACAGAUGGACUUGCACGACAUGACCUCCACUAUUCGGGAGGCAUUUGAGUUCUCCGCCCUUCUUCGUCAAGAUCGCGACACUCCCCGCCAGGAGAAGAUUGACUACGUCAACCGUAUCAUCGACCUGUUGGAACUUGAGGAAAUUCAAGACGCCAUCAUUGGAUCUUUGAAUGUUGAGCAGAAGAAGCGUGUGACCAUCGGUGUCGAGCUGGCUGCCAAACCUAGUUUGCUUCUCUUCCUUGACGAGCCCACAUCUGGUCUUGACAGUCAAGCUGCGUUCUCGAUUGUUCGUUUCCUCAAGAAACUGUCUCAGGCCGGUCAAGCCAUUGUUUGCACCAUUCAUCAGCCCUCGUCGAUGCUUAUUCAGCAGUUCGACAUGAUCCUCGCCCUGAACCCCGGCGGUAACACCUUCUACUUUGGUCCUGUCGGCCAGGAUGGCUCAGCUGUCACUAAGUACUUUGCCGAGCGUGGCGUGCAGUGCCCUCCUUCAAAGAACGUGGCCGAGUUCAUUCUCGAAACCGCCGCCAAGCCCACGCAACGCGAAGGCAAGACAAUCGACUGGAAUGAGGAAUGGCGAAACUCUGCCGAGAACAAGGAGAUGCUUGCGGAGAUUGAUCGAAUCAGGACCGAACGAAGCAAGAUCCCCGUGGAGGAGUCCGGCACUUCUCAAUAUGAGUUUGCCGCUCCGACUACCCUUCAAGCUCAACUUCUCACUAAGCGAAUGUUCUUGCAGUACUGGCGUGAUCCCAGCUACUACUAUGGUAAGCUUUUCGUCAGUGUCAUCAUCGGUAUCUUCAACGGCUUCACUUUCUACAUGCUGCCCCGGACUGUGGCUUCCAUGCAGGACCGCAUGUUCUCAGCCUUCCUGAUCAUUCUCAUUCCACCCAUCAUCAUGAACUCGGUGGUCCCCAAAUUUUACAUCAACCGCGCUCUUUGGGAAGCCCGCGAGUACCCGUCUCGUAUCUACGGUUGGGUUGCCUUUGCUACUGCAAACGUCGUCUGUGAGAUCCCAGCUGCCAUCGUCACUGGUCUCGUCUACUGGCUGCUGUGGUACUAUCCCGUCGGCCUGCCCACGGACUCGUCCUCUGCCGGCUACGUCUUCCUCAUGUCGAUGCUGUUCUUCCUCUUCCAGGCAUCUUGGGGUCAGUGGAUUUGUGCCUUUGCGCCCUCAUUCACCGUCAUUUCCAAUGUGCUGCCCUUCUUCUUCGUCAUGGUCAACUUGUUCAACGGUAUUGUCCGCCCCUACGCAGACUACCCUGUCUUCUGGAAGUACUGGAUGUACUACGUCAACCCGGUCACUUGGUGGCUCCGCGGCGUUCUCUCCGUCGUUCUCCCUGGAGUCGAAAUCGAGUGUAGCUCCGCGGAGACAACUCGCUUCGAUCCACCAUCUGGACAAACCUGCGGUCAGUACGCAGGCAACUUUGUCAACAACAUCGCCCAGGCCGGCUAUCUAGUCGAUGCCUCUGCCACGCAAAACUGCCAGUACUGCCCUUACAAAACCGGCGCAGAGUACAUGAAGAAUCUGAACGUGCACGAAGGCGACAAGUGGCGCUGCUUCGGCAUCUUCUUGGCCUUUGUGAUCAUCAACUGGCUCCUGGUAUACUUCUUCAUCUACACUGUUCGUGUUCGCGGUUGGAGUUUCGGCUUCGGCUACGUCUUUGGCUUGGCAGGAACUGUGGUCGAAAAGAUCAAGGGUCUCUUCAAGCGUAAGGACAAGAACGAGUCCCAGUGA